AUGACAGUGAACAAUACAGUGAAAGGAAUGGCAACAGAUGGGGACUGCAGGCAAGAGAAGCUGUGUAGCUGGGAAGUAUCAAAAGAGCAGGCAGAUACUUGUGGCAGGAAAUGCAAUGUAAUUUUCAGGUGGUGGAAAUCUCUCAGGAAUAAAUCCUGUGAGUCAAAACCUAGAGAAAUUAAAGAAUCCCAGGAGCAUUUUUUGAGUGAUUCAUCUCUUCAUAUUCAAGUUACUGUACUGUUUGGUGCAAAAGUUCUGGAACAUGUCCUCAAUCUGUGCCGAGGUAAAUACGACUUCCUGGAUCGGCUUCCUGUCCCAUUGCUCCUGGACAUCAUUUCCUUUCUGGAACUUGAAGAUAUUGCCAGACUUUCUCAAGUUUCAUGCAGAUUUGAAAUGAUAUGUAACAAUAGUGCACGAUGCGAAAAAAUUGUGGAGAACUUGUAUGAUACAAUUACACCUGAAAUGAAAGAACUUGCACUGGAAAUGGGCUGGAAACAUUUUUUCUCCACAAACAGAAUUCAGCUACGGCUGCAGCUCUGAAGGAGGAGGCAAAAACAAGAUGCUUAA